GACCCAUGUUUCCCCUUCCAUCACACAGAUAGAUCUUAUAUUUCUGCAGUGUUAUAUCUCUCCCCAAGAACAGAACAGAGUUCUUUCCAGUUUCCCCUCAAGCUAUUCCCGAGAUCCCUCUCAGAAUGUGCCAAAUCAAGCUACAUCAUAUGCCUCACCCAACCUUGUAAUUUUUCUACAGUUCAUGUGACAUUGGAUCCUCCCAACAAUAAAUCAAAAGUUUUCAUUUCUGGGGAUAAGAGACAAGUGAGAUAUGUGUUCUAUUUGAAAUCAAAGAAAAAUGCAUAUCGGAAUGGCGAUUAUGAUGAUUAUGGUGUCCUGGGCUCCCCAGUUAUCAGAUCAAGGAAACAUUACUGGGAGGUAGAUGUGUCAGAGAAGCAUGCCUGGAUCCUGGGGGUAUACAGUGGAAAAUGCCUAAAUUCAACAUGGAAGUUUGUUUUAGACAACAUGUUUACUCUACAUAUCAACCAAAAAAAUGGGUACUGGGUUAUAGGGUUACGGAAUCGCUCUGAAUAUAAUGCUUUUGAGGAGGCUUCCUCCUCAGAUCCUUUGAUCUUAACCCUUUCCUUGACUGUUCCUCCCCUUCGUGUUGGAAUUUUCCUAGACUAUGAGGCCGGCACCUUCUCAUUUUUCAAUGUAACAAACCAUGGGUUUCUCAUCUAUAAAUUCUCCUCAUGUUGCUUUUCUCAGGCAACUUUUCCAUAUUUCAAUCCUAUGAAAUGUCAUCUCCCCAUGACUGUGGUCGCCAAGUUCUUAAACCUUCUUGCACCCUCACACACUUUGUAUUGCCUCUUGCCUUGGGUGCAUCUAAUGCACUCAGCUUAUUUAUACUAUUCUCACCAUCUUUUCCUUGCUGCGUCUCUUUUUCCUAUUUGAAGAUCCUUCAUUCAUUAAUAGGAUGCUCAGUUUGCCCUGUGUCGUAUUUUUCCAGUAUCAUUUUUGCAUUAGGAGAAAAUCUUAAUUCAUCAUUUUUCAUACUCCUAAGGAAAAUUGACUGAUGCCUUAUAAAGAAAGAAAGAUGUAACACAUCUGUCAAUUUAUACAUCCUCAUUUCCUCUGCCACAGACUGAGAAGAUGAAGGACAGCUUUUCAACAACUUUUGUAUAUUAUUGAAGACCGUGUAUGGGAAUUAUCCACGAAAGAAUGUGUCCUUAGUGGGGUGUCGAUUCACUCCUGGUACCCCUUAUUCAUCAAGGAGUUAAGGAGAAAAUAUCAUGAAAUAAAUCAUAUGUACCAAGAGUGUAAGUUUUAGGUCCAGAGUGUCUGAGUUCAAGUCUUGUCUUUCCACAUAAUAGCAUUGUAACCUUGACUAACAUACUUAAGUGCUGUGUUUAUUUCCUUAAAAUAAUCUUGCUAUAAAAAUUGCAUCAUACUUAGGAUCAUUGUGAGAAGAAAAAUGCCAUUAAGUACAAAGUGUCUAAUUGUCUCAACUUAAUAAUAAGUAUUUGCUCUACUAAUUACUGAAAAAUAUAAGCUGUGUCAGAGUCUCAUGAAACAGGUUUGUGUCUUCAGGGGCGCUAGGGUUGUUUUUCCUGAAGUCUCAUUUUUCAGAUCCUAAUUAGCUCUCUGCUGCUGUCAAGACUACUCCAGCUCUGCUUGUGCUAAAUAAUCUGUGUCUAUGUGUAUGUGUACAACAUUUAGAAUUUCAUUAUAAUUCUGGCAUGCUACAUACUGGCCUUUAUCAAGUGACUUAAAUUCUAUGGGAUUCAGUUUCUCAUUUGUAAAAAAAAUAUGAAAUUUGCCUGGUGUAGUGUUACAAAAAUUAAAAAACAGAAGGUUUUCAAUAACUUCUGUCAUUUCUGUCAUUGCACAUAGCAGCAAUCCAGCAUGCUGUGUACUUAUUUUUUGGCUCCUUCUCACUGUGACUGAAAUAAAUGAUUUUAACAAUACAAAUUAGUUUACUUUCAACACUAUUACCCCCACUUUGUUUUAAGAAAUACAAUAACUUAAUUAAAGAAUUACAAUUUUCUUUAAGUUUUAGCUAAUUGCAAAUAAAUGUUUCUAUAUAGCCACCCAGUCUUAUCUUUUUCAUUUUCUGUAGUAAUUCUGUGUCACUGAAAUUGAGUUUCAAUUUGGACUCUGUUUGCCAAGCUUUAAAGAGUUAUUAUUCACAGGGAUAGAGUCAGAGCCAGAGGUUCUAUUGUGGAAUUUCCUAACAACCGUGUAGGUGAGUCAGUCUUCUUUGCUCUGGUCGGCCUUACUUUUGCAGUGAAGUGAAAGUUCCCAGGGAUGAAGAGGAAAGCCUGUUCUCCAACUUCAGUGAGAUAGGAGGGGAAUUAUUUCUGCAGUGGAUGUUCAUUCAGGACUUAGUGGGAACCCCCAUGUCUUUUGGAAUUUUUAUUCACAACUCUUCCCCCAGCCAACUUCGGAGUUAAAAAAAAAGUGGACUGUUUGGUUAACAGUGUCUACUGUCAUCCCUGCUUGUCCCCGGAAUUCCCAACUUCCUCAUCUUUGGAUGACCUUGGAUGAGAUAAGGGAUUUCAAAGUGGGUAUUUCCAGUAUCUGUGUGUGUGUGUGAUCUAUAAAUCCAUAUCUUAGUGCUCAUGCAUGGCAACUGGAGGAAAUUGAUCUAAAUUUUUCCUUUGACCUCUGCCUUCCUCUCACCUCAUUGCUAUGAUGACUGAGGAUCUGAUACACCAGCAAAAAUUUGUACUCUUGAAUAAUUGACAAAUGACUCUCCAGGGAUGUUCACUGUAAUGCCCAGUCCUCCAGUUCAGGAUGAGGUACCUAGGUAUAAGGAAAUAAAACCCUGAAAUUUUAUAUACCACAGAAACAAUGUGUACAUUGUGGGGCAUCUACUUUUUAGCAGAGGCUCAUGGCCCCAAAAUGAAGCCCUUUUCUGAAAAGAAUAUGAAACUUUUAACUUCCCCAAAUUGCACUGUCUCUUCUCAGUAAACAACCAGAGAAGGUAUCCUGGACUCAAAUAAUCUGGUGGACACCAAAUGUGGAUUUGCUUUCUGCAAGUCAGUUCUAAGGUUUUUCCUACCCCAGCACCUUUCAAUCUCUGAGUAGCAAUCACUUCCUGGUAUAUUUCCGGGGCCUCAGGACUGUGCUGGGCCAUUAAUGAGGCAGAUGUGCAUCCACAGGAAAAAGUUUCAGUGGGAUUAGGAGAACUCAGGAAACAAGGAAUCUUCAACCUGCGAGAACAUCCAUGGACAAUGUGCAGGCAGCAGUAUCUGGAGCCAGCACCACGUGGUGAUCAGAAGUUUCUCCAUUUGAGGACCUGAGAUCUUCAUUGGAAUAAACACAUAACCUGCCCUUGUUAAUAUGAUACCACUGCAUAGAUACAACACUGUAAUACAUCUGAGACAAGAAGGAACAACACAGAAAAAGACCCUUCCUGCCUUCAAGACAACUUACUCUCGUUGGGCACAGGGCUGGAUGAGGAGGGAUACUCAAUGACAGUAUUAUGCGAUAACAAAGAAGCUCCUGCGGGGGAACUCCUCUUGGUGAGCAGGCCUUUGCCUUGGUGAGUGAAUUUUUACCACACAUGCGCCUGAUCUCUACCAAGUCAGGACUCAUCCACUUUGGCUAAAGGUGUGUAGGGUAGAUUCUGAGGGCAAAGAGCAGUAGUCUUUGGGAGAAACAGAUUGAAUGUGUUUGGGUGAGCUUAAUUUUGGUUCUGAAGUUUCUCUGGAUUAAAAAAGGAGCCAUAUUGUAGCAUUUCUGCUAAAGUGGCAGAAGAGGGGACAUUGAUUCUGAGAAAGGAGCAAGCUUUAAGAAAGAGAAGUUUAAAAAAGUAAAGAUCCUUGUUUGUUUCUAGGAGGGACCACUAUUUCUCCAGGCUGUUGCCUUUAUCUUCUUCUUAUUCUGUAGCUUUGAUUUUCUACCCUGUGAAGAUAAACCAGAAUAGUUUAUUUCAGAAGCAGAGAAUUCCUUCCUCCUUCCCUCCAGAGAAGCCUGUGAGAUGGAACCCUGUUUUCCCUCUUCACAAAAGCAUAAGCUCUUGGUGAGAGCCCGCAGAGGGGAGAGCCCUUAUGUGGAUUCAUGAUGGAGAGAAGAGAUCUUAGGGGCUCUGCCAGGAUAAGACCUUCUUGAAGAUAAUCUUUUGUACUACUAGUCCUGGUAAGUUCUAGGAAGGUGUUCACAAUCUUCCUGUUAAAUUAUCAGUCCUUUGGCCAGCCUGAUGAGACAGGUUGGAUGACCAGAUGCUUCCCAUCUUCGCAACUCCUCUCUGGUCACUUGUCUCUCCGGAGUUCCAGGCACAGGGAAUUUGUUCUCCACUGAGGGCCAUGGUUUACUCUUACUUGAGUAGUGCCCCAUGACCUUCAGGUGAGAGGUCUUGCUAAGAACUUAUUCUUCAUAAUCUUAGAAAGACCUGGACAAGAUGGUAUAUAUUAAUUGUCUACUCAGUGACUAGUACAGGGCCCAAUAAAGAGGAGGCAAUGAAUUUAAAUAAAUUUUAAUAUGUUUGAUUAAAUUCACAAAAAGAAUAGUUUACAGCUGUUGAAAAAAAUUGUAUUAACAUCUACUGAACUCACACUAAAAGUAAGCACCCACAAAAGAUUAUAGGGCUCAGGGGAGAGAAAGUAAAUAAAGAGUAAAAGAGUAAUGUAGUAUGCAAAAAGAUGAAACUCACUAUGGCACAAAAACACAACAAAGAAACAAUAAUAAUAGUAAGACAAAUGGGCAGUGAUGGGGCAAAAGAUCCACAUGCUCUGGGAAAGGGUUUUGCAAUUUUAAAUAUAUUUCAGGAUAGGUCUCACUGUGGGAAGGCGACUUAGAGAAGAGUCUUCAAAAAAAAUGAUGUGUACAAAAUAUAUUUUUAUCCAGAGUGAUUAAGGAACAUAAAGGCAGCCAGUGUGGUUUGAGGAGGAGUAGGAGGUGGGGAGAGAAGAAUGAGGCCAUAGCAGGGGAUGUGUAACGUGCACUUCAGCAGACCACAAUAAAGAAGGACUCACAUGGAAUGACAUGACUUUGAUCAGAGACGUGACAAGAUUGAUGUAUAUGUUUAAAAAUCAUUCUGGCUGUUGAUGUGAACAGUGAUGAGAGCUCACUGUGUGACCCAAUGACAGUAUUGGGGAGACAGUGGGGAAACUAUUCCUUGAAUAUGGUUAAAAGACUUCAUUGAAUGAGACCUAAUUUGAAGAAAAUGCUAUAGGAUUUUGUGAUGAACUGACUGUGAGAAAAAGGGACUAGAUUUAGGUUAGCUAUAUGAAGAUGGCCUCUAUUGCCAAAUGACUUCUUUGCAACUAAUUGCCCUGGGAGCUAGAGUGCUUAGGGACAGGGUCAUUACUGUGGGGCAGAUUAAGCCUGUACUUUAAGGGAAGGUUGAAGAGGGAUCUCUCAGCACAGAGGAAUGGGGGAGGAGUUGUCAUGUUUCUGACUUUUCUCAGGUCUCUGGAUGCCAAGAACAGGUCCACCUUCCCAUUGACAGUUCCUGAAAGAGUAACAGGAGAAGUUUCAAGGAUGUUGGAUAAACACCUGACAGGACUUUUUAUCUGCAUUGUGGAGACCAUUUCAUUUUUCUUGCCUAAACUGUACAGAUACAGAAAGCCUCUGGGCAGACCAUCUGGAUAGAGUGAGAUAAGGAAACUCAGGAUCUAGUUGUUCCUUACCUUACUGUAGAACUCCUACAUUGCACCGUCUCCAAAGGAGAGCAUACAUUUUGUCUCUGUGUCUGUCUGUUGUCUGUCUGUCUGCAUUAGGUGGGAGGUUUUUUUUUUUAAUGAUGUAAAGCGUCUUCAAUGAUAGAAUGGAGAAUGGAUGAAUAAAGGAAAAAUAAGCACUUGUCUUAUUUUCUAGAGGUUCCAUAAAAAAAUGUACCACAAACACAUGGCUUAAAUAAAAUUUAUUUUCUCACAAUUCUGGAGGCUAAAAAUAUAAGAUGAAAGGUAUUGGCAGGAUCGGUUCUUUCUGAGGGUUUCAUAGGAAGGAUCUGUUCCAUGUCUUUUUGCUAGCUUCUGGAAGUUUGCUGGAAAUAUUUGGUGUUCCUCUAUUUGUAGAUGCAUCACCCUGAUCUCUGCUUUUAUCUUCACGUGGUUUCUCCAUGAGUGCAUGUCUGUCUCUGUCCAAAUAUCAACUUUUUAUAAAGACACAGUCAUGCUAAAUUUAGACCCACCUUAAUGACUUCAUUUUAACGUGAUCAUCUGCAAAGACAAGAUUUCCAAUUAAAGUUUCAUUCACAUAUAUUUGGGAUUAGAACUUCAACAUCUUUUUGGGGAAGAGAAUUCAACUGUAAUAGCUCUCAAUGUGUUUGUAACAAGAAACUUGUACAGAAGAGAGAUCUCUGUGAGCACCAUGGAGAAAAACUCCAUUUCUUCUGUAAGGAUGACAAGAAGUCCAUUUGUAGGCUUUGUGUAGUUGUCUCUAGAGCACCAGGGUCACCAAAUAUUCUUUAUGGAGGAGGCGGUCAUGGAAAAGCAGAUGGACUCCAGGGUGGAGAAAGAUAGGGCAGAAUGUUAUCUAAAGUGAAACCGUCACUUUUUUUAUCCGACUGAGCCCUGCAAUCUUUCCAUACCCCUUGCUCGGCUCUGAGGCAUGAAGGACAUUUCUGUGCAUUCAUCCAUUUGCUUCAAAAAUAAGCCUAAACUAGAAACUCAGCACAGAGAAUUUGGAUGAGUGGAGAAUUGCUUCCCAAAGUAAGUUCUGAUUUUCCCCCUGACCAGAAGGUUUCUUUGGGAACAUGGGUGGUUGGAUGUGGGAAAAGCAUCAAUGAGGAGAAAGGACUUUCCUGGCUCCAUGAUCAGUUCUUCUAGGGAAGAGAGACACAGGCUAUUCCUGAUGAAGGUUCAUAACUUGCAUCUCCCUGGGUUAAGGAAUACAUUCACCCCCUCAGAUUUUUGUCUACGUCUUAGAUUCUAAAUGCUGGGCUCAUUUCUGUAAACUUUAGUCUCUUCUGAGCUGGGCUUGAUUCCUUCUCCAUUUGUCCAGGUGCUGAGAAAGCUCAUAACUUGACUCUGAUGAUUCCUUUCUCACAACAGAAGCUCCAGGAAGCUCUGAAGAAGCUGAGGAAGGAACAGCAGGAAGCUGAGGAAUGGGAAGCUGACAUCAGAAAAGAGAGCUACCUGGAAGGCAGGAAGAGGUUUUUCCUGAGGGAGUCUGGAGACAGGAAACUGGGCAGCACCUUGGUCCAAUCACGCGGAGUCCCAUUUUCUUUGUUACCUCAGAAUUAAUGAGUCAGAAAGACAUUUGAUUAGUCUUCAUUUCAUUCCUUAUUUGUUGAGGGUUCAGGGCUAGAUAGUAGAUAUAUCACAAGUGAAUCCAAAUAUUUGGAAGCAAAGGCAUAGAGGGAAGCAAUAUAAAAAUGACUCGUGAAUCCCAUGUCCUAUUUCCAUCAUCAACUUUGAGGCUUGGAUACUCCCAGAACACACCUUGAGAAAGGCCCAGCUUUCCUUGUUUAGGAAGUGUGGGUGGAAGGGUUUAAUGCACAGUGUAGCAUGAUUAUCCAGGACAGGUCUCUGCCAUCCAAGCCUCCUCCAGGUAUCAGUUUGUGUCUCAGGAUGGGCCUUGAUGAAGUAGACUUGAAUAUAUCGCUUUGGGAGGAGCUCAAGGGGAGACAGGAGGAAAAAUGUGUUUCCUAGGAAAUGCUCACCAAUUUCACCUCCUAUCCCUUUGAAAACUCCCUGAGGAAAAUAGUUCUUGUCUUGGCUCCCAGGCGCAUACGAAGUAGGCUGUCAGCCAGAAAGACUGAAGGCCUCUUUCUCUUUUCAUCCCCAAAGCAUCAUAUGCAGACUGAGAGAGGAUUCUGAAAGGGUUUAAUGUAAUGAGAGGCAUCCUGGACAGUCUGGAGCAGAGGGAGCUGCAAAACACGGAGGAAGAUGAGGUGACUCUGCUGGAUAAUUUGGUAGCAGCUAAAGACCAGUCGGUCCAGCAGAGUCAGUACAUGAGAGACUUCAUGUCAUAUCUGGAGCCUCAGAUGUAGAGAUCAUCAAUAGACACAGCACAGGUAAGACUCAGGAUGGAGGUCCUACCUGUGACAUUCCAGGGAAAACACAGAGACUAGCUUUUUUUCCCUUCUGGGUCCAUGAACUUUCCUCCUCCUAGUGACGUUAAAAAGUUCCUUUGGCCCUCCAUUGCCUCUUCUGUGUCAUUUGUUUCAAGAGUCAUAGGAGUAAUUCAAUGUACAAAUGGUAAGGAAAAAUUCUAUCAUUAACUUAUCAAAGGCUGUGCAAUUAUUUGGAGAAAUGAUUGUUCAUAGGCUCCUAUUAGCAUUUGUGAGGACUCUCCUCACUAAGCUUAGUUAUAAAUAAGCAAACAACAUGAAUUUUUGCUUAUGUUUGAUUUUUGUUGUUGUUGAGGAGGGAAAAAUGUAAGCCUAGACUGUGUAAUACCUGAGUGAGGGAUGUACAUGUAUGAAUAAGUGUGAGUGCUUUGUGUGUGUGUGUGUGUGUGUUUGUUGGGGCAAGAAUGUGGGGGCAAACGUAUAGAGACUUUUUGAAGGAAUUGUACCUAUAUGAAUGUUAAAAUUUUUUCUGUGGCAUUACCAUUGUGACUGUGAUCUUAAGCUGUGAAUUACGUUGAGAGAUUCAGGAAAGUUCAAGUUUUCUCUGCUUGACUUUUUGCCAUUCUCCUUUGCCAGCUGAACAAGAAUUUCUUUCUUUAACUUUUGCUGCAAUACUUGGUAAUCAAUUUUCAUCUGCUGAGUCUUUACCUCUGCCUUAAAAAAAAGAAAACUCUUCAUAUUUCUUGAGGAAUAAUUUACAUAUCAUGAAGUUCAGCUAUGUUAAGUGUUCAAUUCAAGGAUUUUUAGUAAAUAUAUUGAGUUGUUAAACCAUGAACAAAUUUAGUUCAACAUUUCUUGAAUAGACUCUGCCUUCCUCCACCAAAUUAUUUUGGCACCUCUGUCAAAAAUCAGUUUACUCUAAAUGUAAGUAUUUAUAUCUGGAUUAUCAAUCUGCUACAUGGAUCUAUAUGUCUAUUCUUUCACUAAUAUUUUAAACUUUUGAUUACUGUGGCUUCAUAAAAAAUUUUGAGAUUGGUUAGCAUAAGUCUUACAACUUGGUUCUUAUUUUUCAAAAUUGUUUGAAAAUAAUUUGAAGGAGUUAUAUACAAUUCUAUUUCAAAACAAUUCUAUUCUAAGUCAGUUGUUCUCUGUAGGGACAGUUUUAACCACGCCUACCCCAGAGAACAUUUGGAGAAUGUUACUGACAUCUAGUGGGUAGAAGCCAGAGAUGCUGCUAAUUCUCUUACAAUGCACUUGGCCAACUCCAUGACAAAGAGUUAUCUGCGCCAGAAUACCAGUAGUGCCAAAGUUGAGAAAUUCUGCCCUGGGUUCUUUGAGUUUUCCAUGGACAUUUUGAGAUAUUUUGUUAAUUUUUGUUUAAAAGCCUAUUGGAUUUUGAUAGGCAUUGUGUGGAAUUUAAAGAACAAUUUGAGGAAUAUUGUCAUCUUUACAAUACAAAAUCUCUCCAUUAUUUAGUUUCUCUUUAAACUUUAUCAGCAGUAUUUUGUUUCCAGCACAGAAGUCUUUUAUUUAUUUUCUUCAAUUUUUGAGUUGUUUCUUUUAUAAGUAAACGUCAAUUUCUUGUUGGAUUUUUUCAUUACUACUAAUCAAAAAUACACUAGAUUUUUAUAUUGAUCUUGUAUUUCACCAUAUUCCUAAACACUUUUGUUAGUUUUAGUAAUUUAUGUGUGUGUGUGUGUGUGUGUGUGUGCAUGUAUUCCUUGAGAUUUUCUACACACUAGAUCAUGUCAUCUGUAAAUAAAUCCAGUUUUAUUUAUUUUCCAGGCUGGGCAUUUUAAUUUCUUUUACUUCCUCCAUUUUUUUCUUCUGUUUUUCAGCUGUUUCUUAUCUGAUCUAAUAAAUUAUUCUUAUUUUAUUCUCUUCAACAUUCUUUAUUUCAUGUUUAUGAAUGUGACAUUUUUCCCUUUCAGAACUAGAUAGACAGAAGUAAUACUCAGUUGUCCAGGGAAAACCAAGUAAUAACUGGGAAUGACACUGACUCAGGAAAACUAUAAGCUCAGAAAUAACAUACCACUGUGAUCAUUCAGUUCAUCUGAUCAGUUAUUGCUGGAGCCGGAUAGAUUACUGGGUAUUUCAUUUAUUUGAUUUGCCACGAUCUGCUAUCAUCUUUUUCUAAUCAAGCCUGCUUGAUUUUGUAUUUGGUCAUUUGAAAUAAAUACAAUGCUGAGUAA